UUUCCUAAGGAGUACAAUUACAAAACACAUAAUCAUAUAAGAACCGCUUGGAUAGUGUUACGAGGAGACACACACCCGACCAUCCUGGCAAUAUGAUGGCCUGAUUAUUCCCCCAACAUCUUUGUCUGUGGAUUGCUUUUCGACUGGUGAAACGAUUUGCAAUGAUACCUUUACAACUUGAUCCUAUUUCGGCCAUUAGGUGCUCAUAGAAUCCCGGGUCGACUCAAUCAGAUCCCGUUCGGGGUCAGUGUCUAACAAUGGCCACCGACGAGUCGCAGCAAGCCUGUGACUAUCUCCUCCGGGUUUUGAUCGAGCAAGCUAGACAAUCACCAGGCCUGUCAAAUUCGCCGUAUUAUGUUGCCUCUUGCACGGCACUGAAGGACGUCGUCUCCUCCUCAACUCCUGACGGAGUCAGACGGUCCAUCGAUGUGUGCAUGGACAAUUUGACCAAAUAUUUUGACUUUGUCAGUCUUCAACAACAACGACAACUCGACGACGACGACGACCCGACAUUCAGUAUCUUCUUGGCCAAAGUCACUCGUGAAUCUCCCUUUUGGCGACCAAGAUUUGGAAAACCACCUACCAGCUCUCAGGUAUCAACCGAACAACAACAAAAACAAGAAGAGCAACACACUUCAGAGUCAAUACUUCCGGACUGUAUCUUGGAAGUGGCAAGACGUCUCAUCGCCAGAGCAUCAGUGUCCUCAUGGGACGAGUCGAGAAGGGAACAUGUCCGAUCCGCCCUCCGUUUGAUUGCAAACUGUUGUGCAGACAAUGACGCCAAUCGAGAUAUUAUUGUUAAGCGAAACGGUAUCAGAGCCAUGUUGUUGAUGGCGUCCAGUAAGAAAGAAUGUGGUCUUCUGAUACCGACAAUGUUCAACGUCUGUUACCAAUACAGAUCACCUGCCCUGGCUGAGGAUGGUACACCAUUACCCUUGUUGCAUGAGACCGGAGAACACACGCACGAGCACGAGGUUGACGACGCCGGAGAACCGACAGUCAACCUUGCGGAACAAAACCUCGCCAUCACUCCAAUUGAAUCUGUGCCGGGCCAAAAAAUUAGCUCAAGCUCAAUCGAAAUCCUCCUCGGAAUGCUCCCAUCCGCCGAACGUUGCAUUGGACUUUUGGCGGACCUGGUGGAAAUGGCAAGCCAUAUGGCCCUGUACGGACUCAGUCACAUCAUUGCUGUUCCAAGAACCCUCGAAAAUGAUCCAGAAGAUCAACGGUCACAACAUCUCAAAGAAUCGUGCUCGAGACUUUUGAAAACUCUACUCGCAAAAGGCACCAAGAUCAUCAAGGACGAGCAAGACACCCAACUUUCAAUAUGCCAAGCGGCUCUAAACGUCCUCUCACAGCCAGAAAGUCACGAAGCCAUCAUCUCGUUCGACGCAUCAUCGGCGGCACUCUGGAGUCUCAUCCACCUGCCCUAUAUCCGCGGAGACGACGAGGAUGACGACGACGACGGUCAGUCAAGCGCUGAUGAACACGAAAACAUUGCCUCAGAGACGCUAGCUCCAUUUAGAAAGGCUUUUCUCAAACUUGUCUAUCAGAUCUCUUCGCUCGAACCGUACGCGGAACAAUCCGAUCCAGACUCUAAACUGGUGCGCGACUGUAUCGAGGCUCUUGGUACACGAUUUCGCUCUGACAAACCCAGCACCCGCUCUGAUGGCAUUGCGCGGCACUCGAGUGAUGCCGGCGGCCUUUGGGCCAGCAUGUGCGUCCUCGUGGCCAACAGUAUCAUCUCGACUGCGCGUGCCGUACGCCUGCUCGAGUCGACCGGCCUAGCGAGAGUCGUUUGCAACAUCCUAAAGCAGACUUCCGAUAAAGAGCUUGUCCUCCCUGCCGUCGACGUUGCCACGCGCCUGGCGCUCAGCCCGGAAGGUCAGGACGCAUUGUGCGAGCGAGGGCUUUUUUCGGUUGUCCGACGACGUCUCUUGACACCGACACCGACGGGCGCAACCGACGCUCUCGGCGUCGAGAUCCAGCGCCAGUCAGUCACCCUCGCUCGACUUUUGAUCAAAGACCGGCUCGCGACCAACUUCUCCUCCGGCCUGGCUCCAGAACCUGGGGAAAGGAGCACAACAACGACUUUGUUGACGUUGUUCGAGGCCACCAAGGACGUGCGAACCAGGACCGAGAUAGGUCGAUUCUACAUUGAGAUUCUGCGGACAGGUUUCAAAUCCAGCCAAACGUCCUUGCCCUCGUCUUCGCAGGCGUCCGAGGGCGGCGAACUGCUCCCCGGUAUCAUCUGUUGCCCAGACCCUAGCCUGACCGCCACGGUCGCCGAUGCUAUCGCUUUCAUCGUCACGCAGCCACAGUCACAAGACUCCACAACACCUUCAACACCAUCCAAUUUGACGUUGCGGACCGAAGCGGAAGCCUGGUUCGGUCUGGGUCUCAUGUCCACCAUUCCCAACGCUAGAUCUGAGAUUAUAGCUACUUUGAGCCGUAAUGACCAAGAAUUGCUAAAGGCCCUAGAAACAAUCGUACAUCGAAACAACCCAAUAAGAGAAACAGGGACCGAAACGGAUGACAUUGUACUUCGUUCUAAUUCUAACACAGCUCCAAACGACGACGAUCCUCGGUAUAAAAAUAUAAGAGUCUUGGUCGUUAAUUUGCUCGGACAAAACCCCGACAGCGAUAGGAAAGAUGGAGGAAAAGUCGUGGAGAAUAGAAUCAGAAAAGCAGCAGUUAUGAUGGGUCUUGGAAAUGUUCCGUCUUGAGAUCAAUCUCUUGUCAAGCCCUCAAAGAAAUCAUGAUUGGUUUGUCCGUGGUUGUUGUGGAGGUUGAAGUGUCCG